CUUUUCGUCUCGUUUAUCUCUUGCAUGUGUAUGUUGGUUGGUUGGUUGUUGUUGGGUUAUUCGAAGGGGGAUGGAGAUGAGAUGAUGGUGAUGUCGAUGACUGUUGUUCUCUUUUCCUCUUAGGGAUGAAGCAGCAGCAGGAGAAGCAGGAGGGUCGGAAAAAUCGAUUUGCCACAUGCGCCGCCUCCCUCGACCGCCGCGCGUGUCGUGGAAAUUCUCUCACACGCACACGAAUCCCAUUUUCCCCGCCGUGCCGAAGCCUCGCGGAAGCACGUGGAAAGCACGCGUUUGUUUAUUUUUCUUGCGUUUUUCUUUUGUUUUUUUUUUGUGGGCGGGCGGGCGCGCGCGAACCCCUCGCAAUGGAAAACCGCCGGUGACAAUAACAAUUGCAAGCAACGAAGUGCCUCUCUUCAUCCGCCACCUUCUUCAUCCAUCCAUCCAUCAACAAACAAGCAAGCGAGCGGCGGUUCGUUCAUGUUUUUGUUUAUACCUGUGAUCGUCGUCCUCGUGCUCCGCUCGUCGUCCACGCCGUCGCCGUCGGGGAUGCUUUCGCAUCGAGCGUGGCCGCAUCGGCUGUCCCCGUCACCGUCCGUCGCCGCCUCCGCCACCCGCGCCUUCACAGCGGCCGUUUCGCGCGCCGCCUCCGACGAGUCGGGCAUCGAACCCGGUCCCAUCGCCACCAUCACCGGCUCCGUCGUCUCGUUCGCGCACUCCACUGAUCACCUGGACCAUCAUUACGACACCGAUCACACGGAUCUAAACAGCGAACUCGAUGAAACGGAGAUCAGACGAACACUUUUGCACGACCAAUGGAGGCAAUUCUUCGACAGAUUCGACCCGGAGGGUUUCGGCGAGAUACCGUGGUGCGACUUCGAGGACGCCAUCGCCUCGGAGGAGUUCCGCGAGCGAGUGAAUACCGGCAAACGCGAGGUGCUUAUGGCGAAGGCGCGAUCAGCAACGACGCAUGCCAUCACCUUCCAGGACUUUGUGAACAUCAUGACAGGGAAACGGUCCAGGAGCUUUAAAUGCGCCGUCCACCAUCGCGACAGGGAGGUUUCUUCUGAGAACGACUUCCAUCUGCUCCUAGUAGAACCGCCAAUCUUUCGCAGGAUGGUUCGCAUCAUCGCCGACGAAUUCCUAACGGACGAGCGGGACCGGAAGUACUAUGCAGACCAUUACAGCUGCUGCCCGCCGCCCCUCUUCAUCAUCACCGUCACUCUGGUCGAGCUGGGUUUCUUUGUUUACUACUCGGUGAGCACGGGGGAACUGAACCCCGCCGGACCCGUCCCAAUCGAUUCCGUAUUGAUCUACCGCCCGGACAAGCGGCUCGAAAUCUGGCGAUUCCUUCUCUACAUGCUGUUGCACGCCGGUUGGCUUCAUUUGGGUUUCAAUCUGGUGGUGCAACUGCUCGUUGGAUUGCCGCUGGAGAUGGUGCACGGAUCGGGACGCGUCGCCCUCAUCUACAUGGCCGGCGUGGUGGCCGGUUCUUUGGGCACUUCCGUCUUCGACACCGGCGUCUAUUUGGUCGGAGCGUCGGGCGGCGUUUACGCCCUGCUCGCCGCCCAUCUCGCCAACGUCCUGCUCAAUUACAAUAACAUGCAGUGCGGUAUCCUGCGGCUCUUCGGCAUCUUCGCCAUAGCGUCUUGCGACGUCGGCUACGCCAUCUACUCGAGGUACGCCGCGGAGACGAUGGGUCCGCCCGUCUCGUACGUGGCUCAUCUCACUGGCGCCUUGGCCGGCCUCACCAUCGGCCUGCUGGUGCUCAAGAACUUCGAGCAGAAGCUGCACGAGCAACUGCUGUGGUGGGUGGCUCUGGGCGUGUACGCCGCGUGCACCAUCUUCGCAGUCCUCUUCAACGUCAUGAAUCCCGUCGCUGCUGGCUCGGAGAACCUCGGGGACGGCGUCAACAGUCAAUACGUCUUCAAUCGUUUCGGCGUGUGAACGCGAAUUCCCCUCUGCUCUGUACAUAGAAAACGCACCAUAGCAUACUACUACUACUACUGCAACUACUUACGUACCAGUAGGCGGCGAUCAAAUCUCCAAUCAUUAUUAUUAUUAGUGUUUUGUUUCUUACGGUGCCCUGCAAGGGCCGCAUCAGAAACGGAGUCUCGUCACACCAUCCUCCCGACCCUUGAAGGGUUAAAUUGGGAGAAGGCUAAACUCGAAGUAUUAGUGAGAUAUAUUUAUUUUACGUAUAUUUAAGUCGAAAGAGUAACGACUACUAGUAGAUUAUUUAUAUAUAUAUAUGGAAAUACCAAAGACUGAGGCGAGGCGCGCGUAAAUAGAUCGAUUUAAAUUUUUGCGCCCUCUCGAUCUCUUCAAUUAAGAGAGAGAUUCAGGGCGGAGUUUCGGACGCGAUCCAAUCGAAUCAUCGCAUUUGUACAUACAAUAUGUAUUUACAGUAUUUAUUUAUUUAUUUAUUAUUUAUUAUUCAGUACUUGUCACAUCAUAUUAUUAUUAUUACUAUUAUUCGGGGAACAAUUCGCUCGCGACUUUUUUUUGUUAUGCAAUAAUAAUACUUAAUAUUAUUAUUUAGUGCAUUUCGAUAGUAGCCAGCCAACUAGAUAAGUUAUCAUCAUUAUCCGUAUUACUGCAACGUCGUUCGUUAACGGUUUAAUUGGAACUCACCUGCACACGAUAAGACCUGCGCUUACAUUUACACUCGGUAACAUCAACGUUAUAUUUAAGCAAACAAGUGUACGUGUGUUCGAAAGCAAACCCCCAGUAAUAUUGUUCGUAUUAUUAUUAUUAUUAUUCUCCCAUCGAAACAAGAGGCGGCGGCGGCAGUGAGAAGGCAAACAGUAAGUGUGUUUCUGAUCGUUUCCUUUUCUCCAUUUCUAUAUGUAUUUAGUGUUAUUCGGUUCAGUUGUAUUUCUUCGAUGGAGGUGAUAUUUUCAAGCUAGUCAUAAUUUUGGGGUGGAUACAGUUUGAUGCAGUUUAUUUAGGUUUUUUUUUUAGGGUAAAAACUUGCAAACGUUCAUCGCAAAUGCACGAUUAGUGCUUAUUAUUAUUAUUAUUAUUUACUACCAAAGAUUUGUGCUAGUUACGACGGUUAUUCUUAUUAUUAUAAUGUGUAUUUUGUUCUGAUGUCACCGCAAGACGUGAUGUUGGAAAGUCGAUGAACAGACAAAACAAAAGAAUGAAAAACAAUGUUAGAGGAAGGAGAAAAUUUGUAUUUUUCUACGUCACUCAGGUAGAUUUUUCACUGUUUAUAUAUGAGUAUAUAU